CUUGCAAAAGUUUCCCCUCCCGCGCACCGUCUUUUUUUUCUUUUUUUUUUUUUGACUUAAAACGGUUGAGGGGAGCGAGAGAGAGCGGAGGAAAAACAAAAAUACAACUUUUGCAAACUUUUCCAGCCUUACCUUUCCUCUCCCCAGCCAGGCUUCACGCUGGUGGAGAACUGCGCCUCUUCUAGUUUUACUUUUUUAACUCUUCCCUGCCCCUUAGCCCCCUGAUUUUUUUUUUUCAUCCCGUUUCCCCCCUCUGCCACUUUCUCGCAUGAAUCUCCUAGACCCCUUCAUGAAAAUGACAGAAGAACAGGACAAAUGCAUCUCCGACGCCCCCAGCCCAACCAUGUCGGAUGACUCCGCCGGCUCUCCCUGCCCCUCGGGAUCCGGCUCGGACACGGAGAACACCCGACCCCAAGAAAACACCUUCCCCAAGGGUGACCCGGACCUGAAGAAGGAGAGCGACGAGGACAAGUUCCCGGUGUGCAUCCGAGAGGCGGUCAGCCAAGUGCUCAAGGGUUACGACUGGACCCUGGUGCCCAUGCCAGUGCGGGUGAACGGAUCCAGUAAAAACAAGCCCCAUGUGAAGAGACCCAUGAACGCCUUCAUGGUGUGGGCGCAAGCCGCCCGGAGGAAGCUGGCCGACCAGUAUCCGCAUCUGCACAACGCAGAGCUCAGCAAAACCCUGGGCAAGCUCUGGAGGUGA